AGUCUCGUGCUGAUGAAUUUAUCCAUAUCAGUGCCUCGACCCCUUUGAGAGAGCUUCAACUGUAACAAUGAAAAGUUAAGAAAAAACUUCUAUCCAUGGUGAAAACUUCGUUCUUGUCUGUUUGCUAAGGAGUACUCUGUAUUCAUGUCUUGGUUUUGCCUAUGGCUACCUUGUUAUGCUUUCUUUAAAAAAAACAAAUUUGAGUUGUUUCCUUGCUGCUUUUCAGCUCUCAAGUUUUUUGGCGUUUGGUAUUAUCUGUGACGGAAGACGGGGCCUUCCAAGUUCCCUGAACCAGCAGAAGCUUACAAGUUUCCAAGUCCAAGUUUUUAGCGUUUGCAGGCUCGAUCAUCUUCCUUGUUUGCAUGCAUGCGUUGGUGGAGAUGGCUUUUUAAGCUUGGUUGCAUGGCUGGUCAUGCAUCAUAGAAGCAUGGAAUGAAAUUAACAACAUGAAAUUUCAUUUUGGAGUGCGCCCAAUAGAAGCAAGAGAUUGUUUGUUAGGGAAAAAAUAAAAAUGAGGAAAAGAAGCUCAACGGAGGCAGCCAUCGGAAAGGGUUGAGUUUCUGGUAGUUGCCGGUUGGUCUCCUCAGCUGGUCGCUGCCUCGGAUGAGCACAGGCCAAAAUAUAGCGACGCUCUUCUACCCAAUUGGAGAUUUUGGCUUUCUACCAUCUUAGCGAAGAAAAAAGGAGACCAGCUGCGAGUCUAAGGAUGCCAGUAAAUCUUGCGCCGUAUGCAUCUGCUCCUGUGUCUUUUACAGCUCCAAAUGGUGCACAGAGCCAACUCGUGUGUUCAGGAUGUCGAAGUCUGCUUCUAUAUCCACAUGGAGCAACUUCUGUGUGUUGUGCUGUUUGUAAUGCAUUUAAUGCCGUCCCAACCCCUGGAACAGAAAUGGCUCAACUAGUCUGUAGAGGUUGCCGUACUACUUUGAUGUACAUUAAGGGCGCAACCUAUGUACGGUGCACCUGCUGUCUUACUCUUAACCAUGCUUUUGAAGCAAACCAGAUUGCACAUGUGAACUGCGGGAACUGCAAAAUGUUGCUGAUGUAUCAAUGCGGAGUACAAUCAGUGAAGUGUGCGGUUUGCAGCUUUGUGACUUCAAUUGCGGCUUUCUCAAGUGCUGAAGUUCGGUAGCUGAUCAAAGUUCAUCCGGUAAAGCUUCUGUUUUUCUGAAGUUGAUCAGGCAUGCAUCAUGAACUGUGUCUUUCAUCUCAUGAAAACCCAUUUAGAGAGGAACCUUGUUAAGAGCUAUGUUAGCCUUCUCUCGCUUGAAUAAACAGCUUUCGAUGUGGUAAAGAUGAACUUGCCGCAGGAAUCUGUAGUCAGAGAGGAUUGUUCAUAUAAGUAAGGUAUG